AUGAUGGAUCGGGCCUCCAUGAUCGAGGCUGCCUCGCGCAGUCUGCGCCAGCAGAUGAACCGCAGCGUGCAGAGGCCCUAUGCGAAAGGCAAUCUUCACGACGGUGCUGCGUUGGACGAGCCCCGGAGUGCGGAGAAUGCCCAACGCAGAAUCCGCAGCGCUGAAAAUCAGCACAGGUCUAUCUCCUCUGCAUCGCAGGAAGCACCUCAAAGUAGCAUCGGCACCGUGGCUCCAACCCCUUCAGCCUCGGCGUUGGACAACUAUUCCCUUGAGGAUGAUGUGGAAGAGGAUGCCACCGGCAGUUCGAACAUAGACGACGUGCCGAGGGUGCCGCACGAUUUUCCCCAAGAGCUCAAGCGACCAGCCAGCCGAAAGAAGGACCCGUCCGCCUCAGCCGCAGCGGGACUCGGAGCUUUCGCGGGACCCUCGAGAAUGACGGAUGCCUUCGAGCAGCGCAAGACCCGGCAACCCAUUCCGGUGGAGAGCUGGGGCCCGCGGCCGCCUUCCCGUGCGGGCCUGCCGCAGAAGGCCUCGACGCCACUUGAGGGCAGCCUUGCCGACGGGUUUGUCAGCACCCCAUGCCGAGGGAGCGGUGCCAGCUCAAGCGUCGGGCGUGCGAGCAAAGAGCGUGAGCCGAGUCAGGGAGGUAGCCGACCUGCUAGCAAGAUGGCGGGUGACCAAGCACGCACUGGCAGCAAGACCAGCAGCGACCAGGCUCUCGGAGCGAAAGUCGUUGGAGGCACUUGGGCAUCCGCCCGAGUAGAACCGCGAGUGCAGCGUCCGUUGGCCAACGAUGCGGCGCGGAGUCGCGGCCGCGAGCGACGGGCGACCACACAGACGCGGGCUACCCCCGAGGCCGGUGCUGCGGACUUGGGCGUCUUUGGCCGGGGUCAGCCUCCCAUGACGAAGAGCCUCAGCGGGGUCCUGGAGCAUGGCUACUCGGUCAUGCGUGUCCUGGGGCAAGGCGGUGGCUGCAACAGCCGGGUCUACGAGGUCAAAGAUCGGGAGGGUCAACUGCGAGUGGUGAAGCAGCUGCCAUGGGUCGCAGAUACGGACAGAGAGAACGCUCUGCGCGAAGUGCGGCUCCUCUCUUCCAUGCGACAUCCGUGCAUUGUCCCAUAUCUCGAAAGUUUCCUUGUUCGCUCCACACCCUCUCUGCCCUCCGAAGAUAUCCUCUGCCUGGUCAUGAGCCGCUGUGACCGGGAUCUACGGCAGGAAUGCCUCAGGGUUCGACUGGAGUGGGAGCUGAACGGAUGCAGAGACGGCUUCGGACGUGCACACAUCGCAGAGAUGCUGAUCCUCUCCUGGCUUGCCCAGCUCACCUGGGGUCUUCAACACCUGCAUUCUCGGAAGUUUCUUCACCGAGAUUUGAAGCCACAGAAUGUUUUAUUGGCCCAACACGGCAAGCGAGUCAUGCUGGCAGACUUCGGAGUUGCGGGACAGGUCGAGCACACCGAGGAUCUGCGCCGGUCCAUUGUAGGUACCCCUGCGUUCAUGAGCCCGGAGAUGUUAGAAGGUCGGCCUUACAACAGCAAGACGGACCAGUGGGCGCUCGGGUGCGUUCUCUUCGAGAUGAUGGCGCUGGAGCCUCCUUUUGCGGGGCGAUGCGAUUCCUAUGCAGCAGUCGUGAGCGCUGUGCUGCAUGCACCGCCUGUGCAGGCUCCCAGUGGAUAUAGCCCACCUCUGUCUGUGACGCUGGAAGGCCUUCUGGCGCGAAAGCCUCACAACAGGCCUUCAAACAGGGAGCUCCUGCGGUCUGAUCUGUUGCGAGACCCUUUCCAUGAUUUCCUGCAAAGUUUGGACAGCCUUGUGGGAGACCGGAAGUGGGCGAAGCCACGGACUUCCACCUCUGAGCCCCGCGCCUCCACGGGCACCGCGGGCACCGCUGGCACGGCAGUCGGCCUUGCCCGGCGGGCGAUUCCGGUCCUCCGGCAGCUGCACUUCGCUCCAGAAGCUGCCUCCAGUCACGGCCCCAACCCUGUACAGAGCGCCGUCACUGAGCCUUUCUCCGUGGACCAGCUUGAUGCGGCCUCGCCAUCGGACAGCGACUUGGGUUCACCCUGGGCAAAGAGCCAAGAGCUGAGCGCCACGGGAAGUUCUAUGCAGGUUGGCAGCGCGAGUGCCCGCACGCCUGGCCUUCCGGGCCUGGUAGAGGACGACUUCGGUAUCUCCAGGAGUCCAUCUGUGUCAGCGCCCCACAGAGCCACGUCCAACCACACAGAAGGCUGCUCCUACGCUUCAGACUUCGAGAGCGACUCUGGCCAAGUCGGUGCCGAAAGCAAUUCUUCCGGAGAGCGUGACCUCGAUCUUUUGGAGGAUUUCCAAGAGCCUGGAGACAGUGCGGACAACGUUUCACACAGCGAGCACGGCUUCGCCAGCACUGCGGAGUGGCGUCAGCUGAUUGCCGAGGCCGAGGCCCUUUUGGUGCCGCUACCAGAGGUCCAAGCGACCGAGGAGGCCCACAAGCUCCGAGCGGCGCAGCUUGGUCGCAAGCGAGUCCGAGAGACCUCUUUAGAUCGGCUCGCUUCAUCCCUUGGCGGGGAGGACAAGGUCGACACUGCCCUGAACUUCCUGCGGGAUCGCCGGCCUUUGGGAGACACCGUCGAGGCAGACGAGCUGCUUCUCCAGGUGGAGCUGCUGGACUUGUUGGGGGAUGAGGGCAUCCUGAAUUUACCCCUCCUCGAGCGCUUGCAGCAGCUCGACCAGCAGCCAGGCUUUGAAGAGCUCACCGUGGACCGGGAAGCGCUGCGGACGUUCUGUUCCGCGGAGCCUCCACCCCGAGCUCGCGUGCUGCAAGCCGCCCAGAGGCCACCUCGGAGAGCCCUUGCGGACCCGUUAGCGCUUGGUGUCAGUGGCUGUGGCCUGGGCGACGCGGCGGCCUGGCCCGCGAGCCCACAGUCGUGCGGCGGAACCCCGCCUACACGCCGUAGUGGGCGCCAUCAGUCGGCAGAGCCGAUGCAGAUGGAAGAUGUGGAGGUAGAGGAUCAUGUUCUCCACCCGAGCUUUCGCCGCACCGAUGCUGCACCGCCUCAGGUUAUCGUGACGAGAUCGAACCAAGCUGCCCAAAGCCGUGUCAAUCUCCGCCGCUCCGUGGACCAGCGGGCGUCGCUGCGCGAGAGAGACCGAAGUAUGCCGUUUUCGACCUCAUUAGACGUGGAUUUCCUGAGUCUUUUUGCCUCCUGA